AUGCGCGCGGAAUACGCUCCAAAGUGUCUUGCAUCCGUUGUCGAUUUUGAGGUCUUGUUACGGAGCGGAGCAUCAUCAGGUGAUUUCACAUCAUCAGGUGUUUUUACGUCACCACCACCACUUUGUCGGAUGAUUGCGACAUCGUUAGCCGUCAGUCCGCCAAUAAAUUCAUCUGUUGAUUUUCGUCUUAUGAUGAUUCGUCUGGCUGCGUCACAAGAAGUAGUGAUCUCAACAAUCCUCUUCUCCCCCGCACUUGUUCAAAGUUCAACGCCAGACGUGGAGAACGCUGGGGAAAUCGUUCCUUCGUAA